GCGGUCGCUGUCACUGCGGACGUGACGAUCAGAUAGGUUUGGAAAUGAUUCUGGACCGUGAAUAUUCCCUGGUGUUAAAACCACAUUUAAUUACCAUGGAAAACGUUACAUUAUAACUUUAGACGCGCGUUUAUUUAGUUUGAACGCGGCCCCAUCCUGGAGUGACGAUAUUGUGCGAGAUUCGAGGAGAUAAGAGCGUUUCCAACUCGGUCCGUUUCUGCUGCCUGUUGCUCAGCUGCGUCUGAAGAAAACCAGCAUCGAUAAGCGUCGGAUUUUGUUUCCAUCUGCAAAAUGCCACGGGAUAACAAGAAGUUUCUCAUUCAGAAAAUAGCCAGCCAAGCCAAUAUCACAUUUAAAGAUUUCAAUGCAUCCGCAAUUGGGGACAACAAAGUAUUAUUGGACAACCGGGAGGAUCUAAUCACCCUGCUGACGGAAGUCAGGGCUGCAGACCUGAAGCUGAAACCGAACGGCUCCCAUUCCGYACACAACCCACCUGUCACGUACAUGCACAUCUGCGAGACGGAGUCGUUCAGUAUGGGGGUGUUUCUACUGAACAGCGGGGCUUCCAUCCCGCUCCACGACCACCCCGGUAUGAACGGGAUGCUCAAGGUUCUAUACGGGAAAGUCAGUAUCAGGUGUUUUGACCUGUUGGAUAAACCUUCGGACCAGGUGCAGAGUGAGACCCAGUUCGACCCGCCGCUGCUGCCGUUCCAGAAGGACUCUCUGCGGCGGGCAGUGCUCCGAUCCACCAUGUGGUUCACCCAUGACAGUAGUCCGUGUAUCUUAACCCCGCAGAGGGAGAACCUGCAUCAGAUCGACACGGUGGAUGGACCUGCUGCCUUCCUCGACAUCCUGGCACCUCCGUAUGACUCUGACGACGGGAGGGAUUGUCAUUAUUAUAAAGUCCUACAGACUGUUCCCGACGCAGACAGUAAGGUAGAGGCGCAGCAGCAGUGUGAGGAAGAGACGUGGUUACUAGAGAUAGGCCAGCCUGAUGGCUUCUGGUGUGAGGGUGAACCAUACCCAGGGCCCAACGUCUCCUUCUGAUGUUGGUGUUGUAAAGGCAGGGAUACCUGUGACCAAAUAGGGGCAGCCACAUGACUUUCAAAAGACUUCACUGUGAGUGGGACAUGAGUUGGAGCAGGUGAAUGAACUGCAGGUGUCUGUGGAUAAUGUCUCUGGGCUUUUGCUCUCCUUAUUAGUUAACUUUCUAGUUAACUUUCUAUAUCUCCUGUAAACUUCCAAAUAAGAUGUUUUCAUCCUYAACAGGCUCAGAAACMUCCUAUGCUCUUAACACCAUUGUUUGUAACUGAAAAUAUGAUAUGCCUUAUGUGAAAAUUGAAUGUAAACUUUGAAAGCAUUUAUCACGUCUAGUUUCCAAGUGCACACUAUGUUUUCUAUCUUUAAUUGAUUUAUUCCAAACAAAUGUGUGUAUUAAAACACUAGUUUGUUUAUAA